AUGGUUACGACGUGCGAGUACCGAGACGGAACGGCGCAAUUACGAAUCACUACACAAGCUACCCAGCCCCUUGUUCAUUCGGAACUGAACACCAACUUGCCGAAAAACGCACUAGCCCCACCCACCAUCGGCCUACUGCUUCUCCAAGCUAUCCACGCCAUUCUCUCACAGCUAUGCGUGCCAAGUCUAAUGUAUGUCCGUUUGCCGAACGACGGACAAAGUGAAAGCUCGACUAGUAUGCGAGUGAGGCAAGUGCCUCUGACGCUGACUAAGGAUGAUAAUUCUGGUGCGGCGGGGUGUGUGGAUUAUCUUUGUUAG